AGUGCUGGGAUUACAGGUUGGACCUUUUAGCUGCCAGGCCCAAGGCACCAUGGCUGAGCUCCCCGGCAUUCAGAGCAGAGGGUGUCAUUUGAGCUAACUGCACCUUGUAUGAAGAAUACAGUAUAGUCAUCAAUUCACCACCAAGAUUGAGGAAAAGGCUCAGGCUUGAAAGUAGAGAAGGAUUGCUACAGAAAGUGCGUAAUCUGCUAAACCAAAGAGAUGUCAGCUUAUUUAUAGGAAUUGCUGCAAGGCAGAGUCAUGGUGGAUGUAGGCAAGUGGCCAAUCUUUACUCUGCUCUCACCUCAAGAAAUCGCAUCUAUUCGGAAAGCGUGCGUCUUCGGCACCUCAGCCAAUGAAGCACUUUAUGUCACUGACAAUGAUGAAGUCUUUGUGUUUGGACUGAAUUAUAGCAACUGCCUAGGAACUGGAGAUAACCAGAGUACACUCGUACCCAAGAAACUAGAAGCCUUAUGUGGAAAGAAGAUUAAAAGCCUUAGCUAUGGAAGCGGCCCCCAUGUUCUUCUCAGCACUGAAGAUGGAGUGGUCUAUGCUUGGGGCCACAAUGGAUACAGCCAGCUGGGAAACGGGACGACCAACCAAGGCAUCGCCCCGAUCCAAGUCUGCACCAAUCUCUUGAUCAAGCAGGUUGUUGAAGUAGCAUGUGGCUCACAUCAUUCAAUGGCUCUGGCGGCUGAUGGAGAGGUAUUUGCCUGGGGCUAUAACAACUGUGGCCAGGUGGGAUCCGGAUCUACAGCGAAUCAGCCAACCCCUCGAAAGGUUACCAACUGUUUGCAUAUUAAGAGGGUAGUGGGCAUUGCCUGUGGUCAGACCUCCUCCAUGGCUGUUCUGGACAGUGGUGAGGUCUAUGGCUGGGGCUACAAUGGCAAUGGCCAGCUGGGUUUGGGAAACAACGGCAACCAGCUAACCCCUAUGAGAGUAGCAGCUUUGCACAGCGUGUGUGUGAACCAGAUUGUCUGCGGCUAUGCACAUACUCUAGCACUAACAGAUGAGGGCUUGCUCUAUGCCUGGGGAGCUAACACAUAUGGGCAGCUGGGAACUGGCAAUAAAAAUAACCUGCUAAGCCCGGCACACAUCAUGGUGGAGAAGGAAAGGGUAGUAGAAAUUGCAGCCUGUCACUCUGCCCACACGUCCGCCGCCAAGACCCAGGGCGGGCACGUGUACAUGUGGGGCCAGUGCCGGGGCCAGUCGGUGAUCCUCCCUCACCUCACCCACUUCUCCUGCACCGACGACGUGUUUGCCUGCUGCGCCACUCCUGCUGUCACCUGGCGCCUUUUGUCUGUAGAGCAUGAAGACUUUUUAACAGUUGCAGAGUCACUGAAGAAAGAAUUUGAUAGUCCAGAAACUGCUGAUCUGAAGUUUCGAAUUGAUGGGAAAUACGUUCAUGUCCAUAAAGCUGUUUUGAAAAUCAGGUGUGAGCAUUUUCGAUCCAUGUUCCAGUCCUACUGGAACGAGGACAUGAAGGAGGUGAUAGAAAUAGACCAGUUUUCUUACCCUGUGUACCGUGCCUUUCUCCAGUACCUCUACACAGACACCGUGGAUCUGCCGCCUGAAGACGCUAUAGGUCUUUUGGAUUUGGCGACAUCUUACUGUGAAAACAGACUGAAAAAACUUUGUCAGCACAUUAUCAAGCGUGGAAUUACUGUGGAGAAUGCGUUUUCAUUGUUCUCUGCUGCAGUCAGAUAUGAUGCAGAGGAUUUAGAAGAAUUCUGCUUUAAGUUUUGCAUCAAUCAUUUGACAGAAGUUACACAGACUGCAGCAUUUUGGCAAAUGGAUGGCCCUCUGCUAAAGGAGUUCAUUGCUAAAGCCAGUAAAUGUGGAGCCUUUAAGAACUGAAGCUGCUGGGGUGUGAGUGCGUGCUCUGGGCACUGCUGGGGAUGUGUCCAGCUUGUGCUGUCAGGCAAUGUAAUUCUGCAGGUAAAACCUAUCUGGUGGUUUCUGUCACAUGUGAGACACGGUCUCUGUCGGAAUUCAUGAAGGAUGUAUGGCUUUUUCUGAGCCCAUGUUAAACAACUCAUUUCCAGAUACAUACACUUUAAAUGUAACCCAUCUUAACAUUUGAGCUGGAACACUGAGAAAAGUAUGCAAGUUUAGCUGCUUUUGUUUUGGGUUAGAGGCACUGUGAAAUUUAGAAACAGGAAGUUCUACAGCUCUCCUGGGUUAUGUGUCACAACCCUGUGAUGCCAGGAUUGUGAGUUUGUCAAAUGUGAGGUGACUGCAGAGGCCCCACCCUGAGGUAUGGAUGCUGACCCCGGCCUUGGCAAAGUGCUCCGUCAGCUGCCGCCUGGAACCUUCCUUGUGAGGGAGAACUUAGAGCCAUUCGAGAACGUGUUCCGUGCUUUUGCUAGCGUGACUUCUUAACUUCAAGAGAUGUAUCAAAAUAAUGUUCCCCUUAACAUGAGUUAAGCCUGUUGAAAUAAGUAAUCAUUUCUAUGUCAAGACUUCUCAAGAUUUAAGUCAUCAAGAAUAGCAACUUGUGUCCAUAAUGAAGGAAACCUUGGACACAGGCCAAUGUUUUAUAAUUGGAACCUCCACCCUUUAUCCAUUUUAUUUCAUUAAAUUGAAUUUUAGAACUAAAAUUUAAGUUACUCUACUUUUUCCCUUAAUUCAUAAGAAAAAAAAAUGACACAUAUGGUGUACUUUUGCCUUUUUAUGAUGGAGGCUGAAUCAUCAGGCCUGCUACAUUGUGACUUGAAGAAAUGGUCCUGAAAAACAACUUUCUUCUACAACUUAAUGGAAUUUGCUUUAUGUGUUUUAGGUAGGCCAAACCCCAUCACAAACUUAAUUUGAAAAACUUGACCACCUUCCACUUUCGGUUUCUUUUUUGUGUUAGGUGUUCUGGUGAAAUUUAGUGUUGAGAGAGCUGGAAAAUCAUGGUUUCCCAAAAAGGUCUUAUUGAAAAAACGUUUUUUUGAGGGGGGGAUCUGGUUAGGAAAUGUGACUUUGGAAUUUAAGAGUGUUCACCUCUGAGUUGUAUCAUGUGUCCACUGAGUUUGUCUGAAGAACAAAGCUUUGUCCUGCUCUCUGGUUCAUGAACUCAUUUCCCUUAGUGUGAGCGCCCUUAAUAUAUUCCGUUUCUGGCUUAGAAGGGCCGCUUCUGGACUUGGAGCCUGAAUGUUUUCAGAGCCACAUUAACCACAGGAGAGAAGGUCCUCUGUCGCUACUGUUGUAGCAGAUGUUUUGGGGGGAUGAGUAGGGAGUGAAGCCCCAAAGACAGGAAUUGUUGAUAGGCAAAAUAACUGCAAACCUGAAGUCCCAGUCCUGUACCCUUUCCUUGAUCUACCACAAGUGACUGAAGCUCAGUGAACUGUUAGGUUAGAAUUAGCUCUGCGGCAAGGUAGUUACUCUUACUAGGACGGUUAAUGCACAUUAAUUUGAUUAUAAUAGGUAGUGUUUGUCACAGUUCUGUAGGUUUAUGAUCUGAAUAAAAUGAAAACUUAAACAUGUUUACUAUUGCUUACUUGAAAAACACUUCAAAAGCACAAAUUAAAGUAGCAGAUCCAUAUCCAGAUAGCUCAUUCACUGAAAAAGUACUGAUUUCCUAAUAUAGGUGAAGAAUCCCUGAGUAGUCUGUGUACGUAUGCUAGUGAAGAGAACAAGUCCUUCAAAAACACUUUUUAAAAAAAACAUACACUGUCUUAUUUUUCUACUUGGUUUUGUUGUUAAUCGUAGCAGGAGAUUAACACUGUUCUUUACUUUUUUUCAUCUGAUGUAAUAUGGAAACCAAAGCACUCACAUUUCUUAAAAUAACCCUGAAUGUACUCCUGAGCCUCUUACUGGAACAAUGUUUGAUACUCUUGUACAUAGGCUAUAUUUAUGUAAUGUUUAAAAUGAAAUUAAUAAAGUAAGCGAUUAAGGCAGGA